AUGUCUGGCUGGAAAUACGCGUUUUCGUUAUCCAAGGCUGAGGUCAAGGACGCAACUCCGCCAGGAACAGUCCGCCUCGUUGACCAUCACGUCCAUGAGAAGGCACUCGAGGCUGGACAAACUCAGUCUGAUACUUCGGAUUCCGCCAGCGAUGAGAUCGUUCGUUUUCCCAGACCGUCCGCGGACCCAGCCGAUCCUCUUAACUGGCCAUCAUGGCGAAAGGUCGCCCUAUUGUUGACAGCUUCCAUCUAUGCCUUCGUCGGCAACUUCGCAAGUUCAGGCCUGGCGCCGGCUUUGCAAGCCUACAACUUGAAUUUCCCCACCGACCCGCAGCCUUUCUCCCAGCUCACGCAACUUAUUGCCGUUUCGGUCCUGAUGAUGGGGGCCUCUAACAUCUUCUGGGUGCCGCUGUCGAAUAUCCUGGGCCGACGGCCGAUAUUGCUACUGGCUACACUCCUUAUGACAUUGGCCUCCAUGUGGGGUGGCCUCGCGCCGUCUUUCAGCUCUCUCCUCGCCUCGAGAGUCUUUCAAGGCACCGGUGCUGGGCCAUCUGAAACAGUGGCCCCUGCUCUCAUCGGAGAGGUCUUCUUCCUGGACUCGCGCGGCAGGGCUAUGGCCAUCUACACAACAUUCCUCAGUCUGGGCUCCAUCAUCGGUGGGAUCAGCGGGAGCUAUAUUGCUUUUCAUCAGGGCUGGGCGUACGUCUUCUGGGUCAGCACCGCGCUCUCGGCAGCUUGCUUCAUCGGAACCGUGCUCUUUGUCCCGGAGACGCUGUACACCAGGAGUAAUGUCUUGUCGCCACAGUCUUCUCGCACACAGCAGGACACGUCCAAAGUCGGAGAGACCCUACAUGUGGAGAGGUUCCCAUCGGCCAACGUCGUCAGCUCAGAAUACCGCCCCUACACCUUCGCCCGCUCCCUCGGCUUUGGCCCCGUUCAUGGAGGCAAAGUGCUGUCAAACUUCAUUCAGCCCUGGAAGACGCUGGCCCUGCCUGGUACGUGGGUCGUGAUGCUUCAUUACGCCGGUCUCGUCGGCGGGAUCGUGACGAUUUCUACCAUAGGAGCUCAGCUCGUCUCACAGCCGCCCUACCUCUGGGGGGCCAAUGCUGGUCUCAUUAACGUUGGCCCCAUAAUUGGAGCUCUCCUGGGUGCGGCAUUCACCUACUUCACAUCCGACGCGCGUCUCCUCGGCCAAGCCAAACACGAGGGCCACGGCUUCGCUGAGCCGGAAAGCAGGCUGCCGACCAGCUUCCCUGGGCUAUUCAUUGCCACCUGCGGCCUGUUCGUGUUUGGGUUCUGUGCGCAGAACCCGGGACCCAAGGUCUGGGUCGGUCUAGAGGUUGGGUAUGCGAUGCUGUCUUUCGGCUUGAUGCAGGUGCCCUCCAUCGACUUCAACUAUCUCAUCGAUUCAUACUCGCAUCUCGCUGGUGACUGUUUCGUUAUUGUCACUAUCCUUCGAUCGGUCAUUUCGUUUGCGUGGACCUUCUUUGUGGCCGAUUGGGUGGCUGAAAAAGGACCAGCCGAGCCCUUUGGAAUCUUCGGCAUGCUGUUAGGCAUCUUCAGUCUCUUAGCAGUUCCACUGUGGUUGUUUGGGAAGCGCAUGAGGAUCGCGACCGCCAGCCACCUGGAUAUUCGGUCUUAA